AUAAAUAUUCUCUUGGAACACACAUGGAAAUAAGGCUCUUUACUAGUGGCAUUUAUGUCCAAUUGGUUUCUUCUUGUUAAAGGAUUGAAAGGGUAUACUGCGUAAUUUCAACAGCAACUUUGAUGAGUCUUCGCCAUGAAAUUUACGUUUUGGAAUUUAGAUGCUGCAGAGCCAAGGCGUGAAAAAGGCGACCUCCUCUUUCUUUGAAUCCGCGCUUUCUGUUUCUUCUCUCUUGAUUGAUUUUUGAUAAAAGGAAAAAGAAAACCCAUAUUUUUCAUUGCUGAAGAAGAUGAUUAAGAUUCUGGGUGUGCGCAAAAAGUUGGUUUUGAAGUGGAUGAUUUCAUCUCUGAACCCGAAAUUGCCAAUGAUGUGCAGCCAUUGAAUAAUUUUUGAGAAUAUAAAAGUUUCCCCAAUUUUACAACUAUGUUUAUCGUAAUUCAUGGUCAAGCAUGUCAAUCAAACAGUUGAUCUAUCUCAAGCUCAUAAUCCAGUCAUAGAUUCUUGUUUCCUCCGUUCUUUAUUGCAGAGAGGUAAUGAUUCAUUUGUUUCUUCGCAACCCAGUUGAUCAGUUCACUUCAAUUACUACCAUCCAAGAAGAUGAUUCUUCACCAAUUGAACUCACCUCUGAUAAUGACAAUAAUCAUGCUGAUGAUCAUCAUCUCUUCAAUAGAAGCUAAGAAGAGCUCAGUAAACUGCCAACGCUGUGGUAACAACUCCCUGCAAUAUCCUUUCGGUGUCUCUUCCGGAUCGGGUUGCUCGAUCCAAUUAAACUGCAGCAAAACAGGCGCUGUCAAAAUCGGAGACUUCAUCGUAGAAAACAUAACAGGAAGCAGCAUGAUCAUCAAACUCCCUUCCAAGUGUAAUCGCUCAAUCCAAACAAUCAAGCCGUUGUUUGGAGAAAAUUAUGCUCCAUCGUUGCAAAACAGCUUUCUCCUCCAGGAUUGCGCGAAUCCAACAAACAGCUGCACUAUCAACAGCCGUUUUGUUCAGAGACAAUUUAACUUGCGUAAUUGUAAUGGUAAUGAUUUGAUGUGUUUUUCUCAAGAGAACACCAAUGAUUUCAUGAGUUUUGAUGAUAUGAACCGAAGUGGUUGCAAGUUCUUGUUCUCUUCCUUUUUGUUUGACUCGGGCAGCAAUGACUCAUUGAAGUUGCUCGAGUUGGAGAGACUCGAGCUCAGCUGGUGGCUUGAAGGGAACUGCAGUCGAACCGCCUGUUCCAAAGAUGCUAGUUGUUCGACUGUUAAGCUCGCCAAUGGGAAGUUAGGUCACCGGUGCCAAUGCAAUGAAGGGUUUAACGGAGAUGGAUUCGCCGGCGGCGAAGGUUGCCGGAAAGCUGUUUCUCGCUGCAAUAGUUCACAGUUCGUUUCUGCUAAAUGUAGAGCUAAAGUCGGUGUUCUUAUAGGAGGGCUACUUGGUGGAGCUUCCUUAGUGGCUGGCUUCAUUCUUAUGGGUUAUUGCUUCCAUCAGUGUUCUACUUCUUUGAAAAACCGGAUGAGUGCAAAACGCCUUCUAAGUGAAGCUGCAGGCAAUUCUAAUGUUCCGUUUUAUCCCUACAAAGAAAUUGAAAAAGCCACCAAUGGCUUCUCUGACAAACAGAGGCUGGGAACAGGAGCAUACGGCACUGUUUAUGCAGGCAAAUUGCACAAUGAUGAGUGGGUUGCCAUAAAAAGGUUGAGACAUAGAGAUGCUGAUAGCAUUGAUCAAGUCAUGAAUGAGAUUAAGCUCCUUUCUUCUGUAAGUCAUCCCAAUCUAGUCCGUCUCUUGGGUUGUUGCAUAGAAGAGGGUGAACCGAUACUUGUUUAUGAAUUUAUGCCCAAUGGGACUCUGUCUCAGCAUUUACAAAGAGAGAAAGGCAAGGAACUUCCCUGGACAAUACGACUCACCAUUGCCACUCAAACUGCUAAGGCUAUUGCCUAUCUCCAUUCUGCUAUGAAUCCACCAAUCUACCACCGGGACAUCAAAUCAAGCAAUAUUCUCCUGGACUACAACUAUAACUCAAAGGUAGCAGAUUUUGGUCUUUCUAGACUUGGGAUGACAGAAAUAGAAUCUUCACACAUAUCAACAGCCCCACAAGGGACGCCAGGCUAUCUUGAUCCUCAAUACCAUCAAUAUUUCCAUCUUUCUGAUAAAAGUGAUGUUUACAGUUUCGGGGUAGUUCUUGUAGAGAUCAUAACUGCAUUGAAAGUGGUGGAUUUCUCUCGACCUCAUAGUGAAGUAAAUUUGGCUGCACUUGCUAUUGAUAGAAUUGGCCGAGGUUGUGUGGAUGAAAUAAUUGAUUCAUACAUUGAGCCACAUAGAGAUGCUUGGACAUUGUCAUCUGUUCAUAAUGUAGCUGAACUAGCAUUUAGAUGCCUUGCUUUUCAUCGAGACAUGAGACCUACAAUGACAGAAGUAGCUGAAGAACUAGAGAAAAUCAGGCUUAGUGCAUGGGUUCCAAGUAUGUACAUUGCAUCACCAGCAGCAUCUUGUUGUUCAUCAUCAGACAAUGGAAGUGAGAAAUCAUUUCGUUGUGUUACAGUUAAAAAGUCAUCAUUCGAGAGUCAUAGACUGAUAGUUUCUCAAAGGGCAGCUGAUUGUGUUAUGUCUUUGCAGGAGGUUAAGGAUAACUCUCCUGUGUCUGUGCGAGAUCCAUGGUUAAGCGAACAGAGCUCACCUUCAACAAACAGUUUGUUAGAUCAUGUUGUUCAGUGACUCAAAGCUGUUUCUUUGGGUGCUUCGCAUUAUACCAUUUGGUGAAUUCUAUCAAGUACUUAAAAGCUAAAUAUUAGUACUUAGUACUCCUAGAUCUCAUAUAUUAACCUUCUUGUAUGUUUGGGG